AUUUUGUUGUUGUUAUUAUUAACAAAAAGCGUUCGAAACGGCGCUUUAAACAUUGCAUAUUAGCGUUUGAGGUGUCAUUUAUCAUAUAAAUUAGUCCAUUCAAUGUAAAAGCGCAUAUAACGCUAGAUCACCCGCGUUUUUCGCACAUUUGUCCAGCAGUUAACUUUCGUCUCUCCGCCAUUUGUGGCAAAGAGCUUGCGUCCCCAACCGAAUUGAUCAUCGAUUAUAAAAAUACAUAUCGUUCGAGUUGUGCUGUGGUAAGCAAAAUAAAAGGCUUGGUAAAAACAACAGAUUAAAUAUGGAACGAAUUGGUUUGGAAAUUAAGGGCUUCGUCGCCAAACUUCAGGAAGGAGCACAACCCCAGGACUCACAGAAAUCAUUAGAUCAAAUUGUGAAGCUUGCGGUAAAGUACAUUGCCCAAUGGCCGAAUAAAAUCAGAUUACAGGAGGGCGAAGAGGUUUGCUUGCAACUGAUUACGAAUAAGUUGAAGUCAAAUUGGAAGUGGGAAGACAGGAAUAAUGCUGUAGCCGUAUUUCAUGAGCUAUACUCGAUCGCCUCAAGUGAGAUUACAGAUCAGCGUCAGCGAGACCUUCUAUCGAAUCUAAUUCUAUUUAGCUUGGAGACUGACGCACAAUAUUGCCCGUGGAACGAUGUGGAGGUGCCAGUCAGCCACCCAGUCCAGCAUGCUAAAUUUUCCAUUGGCAGAAGCUCAAGCAGUACCAACAGCUCGUCCAAAUUAAUUGGAAAUAGCUCGAGCCAGAAUGGAAAUAGAAUGGUCGGCCCAAUGGACGCCUACAGUUAUGAUUCGCCACAGACGAGCCUGGGCCUGGAUAACGAGUCAACAUCAGACCACAGAACUGAGUUAAAUACCGAAAGCGAUGUCGAUGGCGUUUUCGAUCUUAACAAAUAUCCCAUGCAAAUUGUCGGUCCAACAACCGGUCGCAGUUAUGAUUCGUCACAGACGAACGUGGGCCUGGGCAACUAUCCAAUACCCAGCUACACGGUGGAGCUAAGUAGGCAAAAGAACUUUGAUAACGUUCAUGAUGUUGUCCAGAAUGCGAUAUACUCGUUUGUCGGCGUACAGGGCAAGUACCUUAAAAAGGAUGUUAUUACGGGCCGCUUCAAGCUAGAUCCGAUCAACAAGGUGAGUCUGACCGAACCGCAAUGUGGCAUGCUUAUGCGCCUAUCCCAGCUGGGCUAUUAUCAUGAUUGUGUGGCCAAGUUUUCCAAUAUAUCGACCGGCUACAAUGCGAUGGGCAGCAUGGGCCAAGCAUUCAUGUCCAAACUAAAGCUGGAGUUAAGUGAGUUUCAUGGAAAGGUGGCUCUAUUGCAAGAUCAGCUAAAUGAGCACCGCCACUUGAUGUUGUAUUAUUAUAAGGGUGACCAACGGAGCUCUAUGAACAGUCAACCAAAGAAACUAACCCUGAAUAAGCUCCUCAUCUGGUAUAUGGAGCCAAUGUAUCGCAUGGAAUGGCUGACAAGAAUCGCAAAUGCCUGCCUGAUGAAGAAAGGGGGCGAGCUAGCCUCAGUACUAUAUGAUUUUUUGGAAAUAGGUAAUCCAUUGGUCGACACUUUGGCCAGUGAUCUGUUAACUGCCUGCUGUGGCCCAUUGGUGCGUAUGAUUUCAAAGUGGAUGCUUGAGGGCGGCAUCGAUGAUGGCUAUGGCGAGUUCUUUGUUGAAUCGCUCGCCGAUGUCGGCGUCGAUAGACUCUGGCAUGACAAGUUCCGUCUACGACUUCAUAUGCUGCCUAAAUUUAUAACACGCGAGCUGGCCGACAAGAUACUUAAAACCGGGAAGAGCAUUAACUUUUUGCGCGAAGUAUGCAAAAUGGAGGGAGCGGUCAAGGGUCGAAAAGAACUCAAGGACGUCAUUGAUAAUCAUGUUUCGAGCAUCUUUUCGUAUGUGCCGGACACCCAAUGGCAUGCUGUCAUAGAGACUUGCUAUUCGCAAACAUCCAAGAAUGUGCUGGACAUUAUGGUUGGGCCGCAUAAGCUGCUAGAUCAUCUGCAAGGCAUGCGACGCUAUCUAUUGCUGGGCCAGGGCGACUUUGUCGGAAUAUUCAUCGAGAACAUAAAGGAUGAGCUGGAGAAAGUUGGCACCGACAUUUACUCGCACGAUUUGUCCGCCAUGCUGGAUGCGGCACUACGCUGCACCAAUGCCCAGUACGACGAUGCAGAUAUUCUCAAUCAUUUGGAUGUUGUUGUAAAGACGCCAUAUUCCGGUGACUGUGGCUGGGACGUCAUCUCGUUGCAAUACACGGUUCGUGGUCCAUUGGCUACCAUGCUGGAGCCAGCGAUGCCCACAUACAAGUCGCUAUUUAAGCCCCUCUGGCGUAUCAAGCACAUGGAAUUCGUAUUGUCCACAAAAAUAUGGAAAUUGCAAAUGGCCAAUGCCAAGGCACUGCGCUCGUUGAGUGGCGAGAUUAGCAAGAUUACCUAUAGAUUGAAUCUGUUCACAUCAGAGAUUAUGCACUUUGUUCAUCAAAUGCAGUACUAUGUGCUUUUUGAAGUCAUAGAAUGCAAUUGGGUAGAGUUGCAGAAGCGCAUGCAACAGGCCACUGCCUUGGAUGACAUUCUCGAUGCGCAUUCAGAUUUCCUGCAUGCUAUUAGCGUUGGCUGCUUUGUGAACACAUCGACAAACAUGGAAAGCUAUCUGGAAGUGGUGUACGAAAAUAUUAUACUCCUGGACAAUUGGCAAUCGAAUUUUUACCAAAUCUGUUUUAAUGAAUUGGCCGCACGCCAAUUAAUGGCUGAAGCGAUUGCCGAUUCUGAACAGACUGGACGCUACGGGUUGACCACGGAACAAAAAAUGGAACGGGAUGAGGAGCUCAAGAUAUUCGAACAGAGACUUGUAGCCUCCUAUCGAGCUCUUGAGAUCAUUGCCGCUUCAUAUGGGAAAGCAGUGGGAGACUUUCUACUGGCGCUCAACUCCAGCAACGAUCCCAAUUUGCAGCUGUUCGGCACCCGUUUGGAUUUCAACGAAUAUUACAAGAAACGCGACACAAACUUGAGCAAGCCGCUAACAUUUGAACACUGGCGAAUGAGCAAUGUUUUUGGCACAUCCAGAUCUCUUUCGGGAGUUCGCCACAGUAUCUAUCCGCAAGCAACAAAUCAAAUUAGUGCUUUAGUUCCCGGUCAAAUAUCAUCGUGUGACUAGCGGAUUAGAGGAGAAUUGCAACAUGAUGAUACUCACAUUCAAGCGCUGUUUCCCAGUAACAAGGACAGCAUUAAUAAUAAUAAUAACAGCAACAAAUCAAUCGGUGUAACUCGCAGUACUUGGGUUACACGAAUGGCGCCCAACUGCUGCGAUAUUCAAUAGGUAAAUGCGUUUCUUUCAGUGUAUAUUAAGAUAGAUAAAGUAAAUAAUUAGCUAAAAUGGUGACUUCACGCAAGCUACCUGCCAAAUUUGAGGAAGCACACAAGUGCUUUUUUAUUGUGUUUUUUUUUUGUUUGCACCGCUGACCGUGCCAAAAGUAUUAAGCCAUUUGUAUAACUGUAUUCAACAAGAAUAUUCUACACAUCUCGAAAAUUUCAUUAAUCAGUUAAAUAUUUAAUAUAAAUCAUAAGUGGUAUUUACAUUUUGUUAAUUAACUAACGAAAACAAGUUUAAUGUUUUUUUUUUUAAUUCUUAAGCUAAUGAAUGAACCAAUUGAAUUUAUUGCAUGAAUUGAAUGGUUUGAAAUGUUCUACAUAGUUAAAGCAAGUCCGCGAGUUCUAAAUAAAUAUGGUUAUACAUUUUCGAUUUAACCUUAAA